ACGCCGGGACCUUAGGCCGCCGCCGCCAGGGACCUGCCUUCUCCGGCUCCCCAGGGGUGGGGCGGCGGCGGCCGGCGAGGCGGCCCCGGGCCGGGUAGAGGGGACCGGACCGCCCCCCUCCAGCAGAGGCGGUGGACUGAGUCCAAGCAUGCCCUUCCAGAAGCACGUCUACUACCCGCUCGCCGGCGGGCUCGAGGGCCCCGAGGCCGCCAUGGCCUGCGCGCCCCCCGGCGCGGCGUCGGGCCCCCAGCCCUUCUUCCAGUUCCGGCCGCGCCUGGAGAGCGUGGACUGGCGGCGGCUGAGCGCCAUCGACGUGGACAAGGUGGCCGGGGCGGUGGACGUGCUCACGCUGCAGGAGAACAUCAUGAACAUCACCUUCUGCAAGCUGGAGGACGAGAAGUGCCCGCACUGCCAGUCGGGGGUGGACCCUGUGCUGCUGAAGCUCAUCCGCCUGGCGCAGCUCACCAUCGAGUACCUGCUGCACUCGCAGGAGUUCCUCACCUCGCAGCUGCACGGCCUGGAGGAGCGGCUGCGCCUCAGCCUGGCCGAAGGCGAGCAGAGCAAGAAGCUCCUCACCAAGCAGGCCGGGGAGAUGAAGUUGCUCAAGGAAGAGUGUAAACGCAGGAAAAAGAUGAUCUCCACCCAGCAGCUGAUGAUCGAGGCCAAAACCAGCUAUCACCAGUGCCAUUUUUGUGACAAGGCCUUUAUGAACCAAGCAUUUCUACAAAGUCACAUUCAGCGCCGACACCCUGAAGAUUCUCACCUUGAGUAUAAGAAAAGGGUGCAGACUGACAGGCUACAGAAGGAGGUCGACAUGUUGAAGCAGCAGCUGCAACUCACCAAGUCUCAGUUAGAGGCUGCACAACACUCCCACGCCGUCAGAUUCUCCAAGGAAUAUGAAAUGCAGAAAACAAAAGAGGAAGAAUUUCUGAAGUUAUUUGAUAGAUGGAAAGAAGAAGAAAAGGAGAAACUGGUUGAUGAAAUGGAAAAAGUCAAGGCAAUGUUUAUGAAGGAGUUUAAAGAAUUAACUUCCAAGAAUUCAGCAUUAGAAUACCAAUUGUCAGAAAUCCAGAAGUCCAAUAUGCAGAUCAAGUCCAACAUAGGCACAUUGAAAGAUGCACACGAAUUUAAAGAAGAACGUCCCCAGUAUCCCCAAGAUUUCCAAAAUGUGAUGCAACUUCUUGAUAAUCAGGAAAGCAAGUGGACAGCUCGCGUUCAAGCUCUGCAUCAAGAACACAAGAAAGAGAAGAAUCGGCUCCUGUCACAUAUAGAAAAACUUCGAACCUCAAUGAUAGAUGAUUUAAACGCAAGUAACGUUUUCUACAGGAAAAGGAUGGAAGAGCUAGGGCAGAGACUCCAGGAACAGAAUGAGCUGAUUAUCACUCAGAGACAGCAGAUUAAAGAGUUUGCCUGUAAACCAGUAAGCAGUAUCAGUGAACCCAAAGGGAGUCCUUUAACCUGGCAGAUUUAUGACUCCAAGCCAACUGCCUCAGCUGUACCUAUGAGCGCCCCAGCCCCACAGAUGGUGGAUGCCAAACCCAACCCAGCGAUCCCAGCGAUGACACACGAACAGGCAUUCUCAUCGCACAUACUGGAACCAAUAGAAGAACUUUCAGAGGAAGAAAAAGGAAGAGAAAAUGAACAGAAAUUAAAUAACAACAAGGUACAUUUAAGAAAAACCUUGAAGAAUAACCCCACCCUCACGAAGGAAAUCAAAGCUGUCUUGGAGCAAAGUUUGGUGGAGAAACUGGAAACCUUGGGGAUUAAUGCAGAUGUACGUGGUAUUCCAAGCGAAUACUUGAAUAAAGUAUUAAGGUCCGUGGAAAUCGCAAGACAUGAGAGAGAAAAACAAAUACCUAACAUUCAGCAGAUUCGAAAGUCUCUUGAACAUCAGGUCAGCUCUCAGAUCGAGGAGAGAAUAUUACUGUCUUCAGAAAGGACACUGGGUUAUAUGAAUGAUACCACCAUUCCAGAGAAGCUCAGUCUUUCUCAAGUGGAGAGCCUUUCUACUGGAGAACUACCCAAGGGGACACAACUUCCUCCCAAAAGCAGACAACUGGUUAGACAAAAACCCGUUUUCACAGAUAAGACAUCCGUUCCAGUAAUUAAGAAAAAUAUCGUAGAAGAUCAUUUUCCCAGAAAGUCUUCAUCCAUUACGACCCCUCCCUUUAGCUCAGAAGAUGAGGCGGAGGAAGACGACUUUAUCCAGGCCUUCACGUCCCCGGACUUACUUCCUGUUCGGACGGCUAAAGGCACCAAGAGUAGCUUUGCAAGGAACUCUGUCAAAAGUGACACCGACUGGACUGAGGGAAGCGAAAUGGAGGACUCCGAUAUUUCCCCCAAGCCCACAGGAACCUCCAUUAAAACACUUACUGAAAAAGUUGAAAAGACGGUUUCAAAUCACAGAAAUGGGAAUAAACCAAUUGGUGGGAUUAAUGUUGCUGAGAUGUUCAUCAGAAAAGAACUACAAGAAGAACUCAAGUGCACAGAUGUGGAUGACGCCGAUUGGGACAUAUCAUCCUUGGAGGAAGAACCAUCUUUGGGGAAAAAAACUGGAAAAGAGCAGAAGGAACCUCCACCCAUGAAGAAGGAACCACAUUCUACUCAAGUGCCAAGUGCCUGGGCUGCAGCUAAUCCUAAAGGGCUAAAGGGAGAAGGUUCGAUGUUUUAGCCUCUGGCAGAAGUUCCCUUGUCCAGUUCUUUGUGUUUCAUCUUUAUAAAUAUCUAACUAGUCUUUGUGCUUAUCUAAUGAAGCUCUGCUCAUAUAGCAACAAAGUACGUAAUGCUUUGUGUUGUUUCAUCAGGCCUGAAUGUGUACGACUUCCUGAUUUGUAUAUAUUUACUAACCCUUUUUAUUUCAACUUUAGAUCUAACCUUUAGUCUUUAUGUUUUUAAAAUAUUAUUUUUGAAAAUGCCCAUAUAUUCUCUUCAUGCAGGUACCCCAUAGAAAUUAAAAUUUCUGAUCAUAUACCUGUAUGCGAC